CUUUAUAAGGAUUUAGUACUUCACUAUUUUAUUUCACUUUUUGGGAUCCUUCCAACAACUCGCAUGACAUGCAUGAAUUGAUCCCGUCCAUUAUAAGAAAAACAACAACACAAUCUGAUUGUGUGCGCCUCCCCUUACGAGAGAUGUCAUGUUCAAGUAAGGUGAGCGCCUUCCAACUAUAAUAAGCAUACAUUACUUGAUACACAAAUCAUAGUUGUAGUUUUUGGAAAAUAAAUUUUUUUGUCAUGUUUAAUGUAUCAUCACAGUGAUCUUCCUUUGUGACUAAAGCAUUAUUGUCAAUGUUUUGUCACCCUUCACCCACCCUACCUUUCAAGCUUUUUGACAUUGUUUGUUUUGACACAGCAUUACAAACAGUCAUAAAGAACAUCUGAACUCUUUCCAGAACCAGCAACCCCUCUUCCUUUUCUAAUCUUAAGCUUACAAAAUGACUUACAUGGACCAAUCAAACUAUACCAUUUCCUUCUCUCUCUCUCCCCCGCCUUUUGGAGGGAAAAAAAGAGAGAAGAUUCCUUGCAUUUCCCACAUCUCUUGCCUUCUACAUAUUCCUUACCCGUGUAAGGCUUGUACAGAUAGAUUCCAUUCACAUAUUUUUUUAUCCAUAAUUCUCUUCCAUAAAACAAAAACAUUUUCUUGGUUUCUCUAGUUUUACAGCUCCAUGGUUUGGGAUUCACAGGUACGUCCCUGAAAAUCCAUUCAUGUGUAUUAAUAUAUGCAAUUAUGAUAUUAUUCAUCACUUUUUUUUUUUUGGUGAAUAAUUGUGAUUCUGAUCAAUUUAAAACAUAUGGCAAGCAUUCUGUGUAAGAGUGGCUAAUCCAUCAAAUGCAGACACCUCGAGUCACACAGAUACAGGUCCGAGUGGACUGUAAUGGGUGCGUGCAGAAGAUCAAGAAAGCACUCAAUGGCAUUAAUGGUAUUCAUAAUCUUCAUGUUGACUUCCGUAGACAAAGGCUAACAAUUAUUGGGUGGGCAGAUCCAGAAAAAAUUGUCAAAGCAAUUAAGAAGACAAAGAAGAAUGCCACCAUUUGCUCUAAUAUUGAACUAACUUCUCCAUCUAAACCAACACAACCAGAAUCACAAGGAAAUGCACCAGCCCCUGAUGCAGCACAACCAUCACCGGCAGAACCACCGCAUCAACAGCCACCACCCGAGACAACGCCAUCAACCACACCUAAUGAGCACAAUGCAAGCCAACAGUGGCAGAGAAACCCAGGAACCAAUAUGAUAUACCAUAAUCUGCCUAACUACGUUAACAGAUUCAGUUCUGGCCACCACUAUGUUGAGCACUUGGACAGCAACCAUAAUAGCCCGGUAUUUCUGCAUGAGCCAUCCCAAUCAAUGUACGUAGCACAUAGCUAUAAUACAUACAUGCCAUCACCUUAUGUCACUGAAUAUGAAUGUGUCAGAUCACCAUCAAGGCACACACAUUACAACCGUAUGGAACACUACAGUGGAGACUACCAAAAUGGCAACGUAGACUUCACAUCCAUGUUCAGCGAUGACAAUCCCAAUGCAUGUAGCAUAGUCUAGUAGGAAGUCUACAGCUACUUGUGAAUAGUAAAGAGGUCUCUUAUGCUUUCAAAUGUCUUGAUAAGUGAGUCGUAGCAGAUAGUUCGUAAAAUAAUAUAAUUUGG